AUGUCUGAAAUCCUCGACUCUACCAUCGCUUACCUGGCAGCCCUACCCAAAGCGUCCUGGACCAGAAUCACCUGGCACUUUGCUGUGCUUUACCUCGUCUAUGCGGUCGCUCGCUCGAUCUACAGGGUGUGGUUUCAUCCCUUGUCGAACUAUCCAGGCCCGAAGCUGGCAGCCGUUACCCAUUUGUGGUAUGCCCGGCACUGGAUGGGCGGAAGAUAUCCAUUUGCGAUCGAAGACGCGCAUAGACAGUACGGCGAGGUGGUUCGCAUCGCGCCCAACGAACUCAGCUUCAACACUGCCCAGAGCUUCAAUGACAUUUAUGGACACGCCACCAAGGACCACAAGCCCUUCAUCAAAGGCACUUUCUAUGAGCAUUACCAGCCGGAGCCGGGAAUUGUCGCCGAGCGUAACCCGGAAAAGCACCGAGACACGCGCAAGUUGCUGGCUCAUGGCUUCAGUGCCCGGGCAUUGAAGGCUCAAGAGUCCAUCAUUCACCAGUACAGUGAUCUGUUCCUUGCCCAGGUAAAGAAUCUGGGGACCCAGGAGGGACUUAACAUGCGAGAAUGGUUCAACUUCCUGAGUUUCGAUAUCAUCGGCGAGCUGGCAUUUGCCGAGUCAUUUGGCGCGGUUGAAUCUGCCAAAUCCCACUUCUGGAUCGACACCAUUCAUGACGGCGGAAUCCUCGUCACUCUGUUCGAGAUUGGCCGACGUCUGCCUCUCCUCUGGCCUUUCAUCCUUUUCUCCCUACCGACCGGCAUUAAGAAGAAAUUCGACCUCUUCCUCAAAUACUCGCGCGACCUCGUCCGCUCCCGAGUUGCGCGACAAGAGACGGUCACCCGCGAGGACUUCUUCGCCCGGCUGUUAGCCGACAAGUCCCGCUCGCAGUCCGAGGAAUGGCUCCUCGCGCAGGCAAAUGUGCUCGUCAUCGCCGGAUCUGACACUACCGCCACGGCCCUGACCACUCUGGUCUACUACCUCGCAGCCCACCAGGACAAGCUCUGGCAUCUCCAGCAGGAACUCCGGGAGACAUUCGAUGAGGCCUCCGACAUGACCAGCGAGAAACUCCAGGGGAUACCGUACCUGAACGCUGUGAUCGAGGAGGGGUUGAGAAUCUGUCCGCCGACCUCUUUCGGCCUGCCCAGAAUCUCGCCCGGUGCCAUGGUGGGGGGACGGUUGAUCCCCAAAGGGACGGUAGUCUCCACCUCCUCAUGGACGACCGCCCACCGCGAGGAUUAUUUCCACGAUGCAAGGGGCUUUCAUCCAGAGCGCUGGCUGCCCGCCACCCAUGCGCUCUGGCACGCUAAAUUCCAACAUGAUCACCUUGCCGCGUCGAAGCCGUUCUCGCUGGGCCCGCGCGGCUGCCUCGGAGUCAAUCUGGCCUACAUGGAAAUGCGAAUCACCCUGGCGAAGUUGGCGUGGAAGUAUGAUUGGGAGUUGGUCAAUGCGGACCAGCUGGACUGGGAAGGCGAGCUGCGGUUUGAAGGAUUCUGGAAAUUGCCUGUUCCUCAGGUCCGGUUCUUCUGCAUGGAUGACUAG